UACAAAGGCAGAAGUGCAAGUGGUUGGUGUUAAACAAUGUCAUGAGAGAGAAUGAUUGAGGUGUGCAAGAAUGAUAGCAGGUCUGAUUGAAUAGAAAACUAAUUUACUUCUGAGAGGGUGGAUUCUGUUUGAUAAGAAGAAGCAGAUUGUUAAAGAGCAAGUCAAACUUUGGAUACUAACUUCAGAUAGAAUAUGGGUGAGUGUAGUAUCUGCCAAGUAAGGGCAACAGUCAUGCUGUAUGAUGAUGUCCACAAACAAUGGGUGCCGGCGGGAUCUGACAGUCCUUCCUUCAGCCGCGUGCAGAUCUAUAAUAACCCUGUGGCCAAUACCUUCAGAGUGGUGGGCCGCAAACUGCAGGCUGACCAGCAGGUGGUGAUCAACUGUCCUAUUAUCAAAGGGAUAAAGUAUAAUCAAGCCACACCAAACUUCCACCAGUGGCGGGAUCCCAAACAGGUGUGGGGGCUGAACUUUGGCAGUAAAGAGGAUGCUGCCCUUUUUGCCAACUCCAUGAUGCAUGCAUUAGAGGCUCUCAAUUCACCAGCAGGCACAGGCCCGGCUCAGAAUGAACCCUCUGCACAGGAGCUGGAACACCAGAGAAGACUAGAGCGCCAGAGGCAGGAAAAGCAGGAAAAGCAGGAGAAGGAGCAUCUGGAGAGAGAGUGUCAGACCUCCACUGCUGCAUCUGCCCCUGCUGCUUCUCCUGCCCCACCAACCGCUCCACCGGUACCCCCACCACCUCCAGGCCCACCACCUUCCUCGGGACAGUGCCCACCUGCACCUCCACCACUUCCUACUGGGGGAAUGGUCCCACCUGCACCACCACCGCCCCCUGCUGGAGUAAGUGAAGGAUGUGCAGGAGAUGGAGGUGGAGGCGGAAACAAUCUGGCUGCAGCUCUGAAAGGAGCUAAACUGCGUAAAACAGCCACGGAUGAGAAAGGAGCAGCAGCCCCAUCCCCCAAACCAGCAUCCUCGCCUGGUGGAGGUGGAGGAGCUGGUAUAAUGGGAGAAAUGAGUGCCAUCCUUGCUAGGAGGAGGAAAGCUGCUGAUAAUCCUGCUGCAAAAAAGAUAGAACCUGAUACUGAGGAUUCUGACUCCUUAGUAUCAAAAUUCUCAGAACCAGGAGAAAUCAAUGGAAAGUUCAAAGAAAAAUCUGCCACCAUUCCAAGGCCCAAAUCCUUAACCAACAAUCAAAAGGACUCCAGCCCCAGCUCCUCCAUUUCUCCCUCUUCUAACUCCACCAAUACCCCAGUGUGCAGAAUGAAGGUGGUGAAAAAGAACUCCAAUGGAAGUGAUAUUGAUAUGGAAAGAAUCAAACAGGAAAUUCUUGAAGAAGUGAAAAAAGAAUUUCAAAAAGUGAAGAAGGAGAUUAUCACAGCACUGAUGCAGGCGCUGCAAAGUGCACAGCCAAAGAUGGAAGUCUCUUAAAGACUUAAUAAUGGAUCAAAAGGGCAAUGAAAUUAUGUAAACGGUUUAUCAUGCAAUGCUUGGGCAAUUUACACAUGUUUACCUGAUAGAAAUUGUGUCAAAAUAUGCAAUCCAAUGUAUUCAUCUCUACUUAUCAUUGUGCCUUCUUCAUAUUUCCCUGUGGUACAGUUGCAUGACUGCCAAUAUAAAUAUUACAAUUAAGAGUAAUACAAAUCUUUUUGAGAGCUUUAUGGCAUCCAUAUGUCCUAACUAGGACAUUUGAAAAAUAAAGUUUCAGUGUUCUCUGGUAGAAAUAUUUAAUGUUGACACUAUUUCUAAAUGACCUCAAACAUCUCUUGGUCAUCGCUGUACUACCAUUUUUUUGUUACCCAGUACAGCAAAUGCAACAAGAAGACCAACAAACUUUCCCUUGGGACUCUCGUGCUGUUUGUCCUCAUUUACUGUAUGUACUCAAAUCUGCAAAAAAAUAUUUACUGCAUAUUUUUAGUAUGCUGGUGGAGGAAGUUUACUUUUACUUUUGUAGUACUCAAUUACAGUCUUGCAUUAAAAUAUAUGUUAAGUAAACAUAUUGAAGUAUUAUUCGCAAAAUAAAGGUAAGGCAACAUGGCCACUUUCAGGAGACCAUUUUAUUGGACAUGAUUUUGGAUGCAUUAGGUGUGAUUAGCUUUUUACUGCUUGUUGAGGGAUUCACCUGGGUCGUCUAACAAUGCCUGGUAUUGUAUUUGUUUAUCAUAUGUUUUGUGUGUAAAAUUUGAAUCCACAAAGUUAUUAGUAACAUAGCUGUAAGCUGUUGAGUAAAAAGUACACAAUUUCCCUUUGUAAGGUAGUGGAGUAUUGGUAUAAGUGAGCAUGAAAUAGUACGACUCAAGUAAAGUACAAUUGCCUCAAAAUUGUAUUCAAGCGUAGUCUUUGGGUAAAUGUACAUAAUUACUUUUGUGUGUGUUUAUUUAAAGCAUUUUAUUGCCCCAUAGCUCCAAAGACCUAAACAAAUAUAUAUAUAUAAUAUAAUAUAUUAAUAAUAAUAACAAAAUAAUGGACAUGCUGCUAUGCUAUGUGAAGAAAAUUGACCUGUAAUAAAAACUGUUAUAUUAGAAAUGUAAA